UAAAGCACUAUGGUAUAAAGGCAUCAACCAGUCCAGCACCAUCAUUGUAUUCUCGCCUCUGUACAAUACACACACUACAACAUGAACUCCUUCGCUGUUCUGCUGCUCUGCGUCCAGGCUUGCUUGGUGCAGAAUGUGUUCAGCCAGUGUUGCGGCGGAGCGUACGGACCCGGUAUGGCCGGUGCUUACGGCGGCUACGGCGCGUACGGCGCAUACGGCGCUAAUGGUGCUUACGGCCUUGCCGGGCCCGGACUCGCAGCGCCGUUUGCUUACGGCGCAGCUUACGGCGGCGAAGGUGUCGGUGACGUAGCGGUGGCCGGUCAGCUCCCGGUCGCUGGUACUACCCUAGUUGCCGGACAGGUGCCAAUCCUGGGCGCUGUGGAGUUCGGAGGCAUCGUGCCAGCCGGCGGAGAGGUGUCCAUCGCCGGCAGCUGCGGCUGCGGCUGCAGAGGAUCCUACCUCUACUGAGAAGCUUUUGCAAAAUAUAUGCAUAAUUGAAACUAAAUGCAUUUUAUCACCA